UCCAUUGCCAUAGCUUCCCCAAUGGCUACUUCAACCCAUCUCAUUCUCUUCUCCGCCCUUCUCCUGGCUGCCUCCGCCGCAGCCCAGACCUCUUUCCGCCCAAAGGCCCUCAUCCUCCCCGUCAAGAAAGACGCUGCCACCCUCCAAUACAUCACCAACCUCACCCAGAGAACUCCUCCGGUGUCGGUGCCCCUAACGCUCGAUCUAGGCGGCCAGUUCUUGUGGGUCGACUGCCAGCAGGGCUACACCUCCACCACCUACCGCCCCGCGAGGUGCCGCUCCGCCCAGUGCUCGCUCGCUGGCGCCGAUGGCUGCGGGGAGUGCUACUCUCCCCCCGGCCCAGGCUGCAACAACAACACUUGCGGCCUCCUUCCGGACAACACCGUCACCCACACCGCCACCGGUGGCGAACUGGCCGCCGAUGUUGUCACCAUCCAGUCCGCCGAUGGGAAGAACCCCGGGAGGGUUGUCUCCGUCAAUCAGUUCCUCUUCGUUUGUGGAUCUACAUUUUUGCUAGAAGGCCUGGCCGCCGGCGUCAAGGGCAUGGCCGGCCUCGGAAGGACCAAAAUUUCGCUUCCUAUCCAGUUCGCCGCCUCUUUUAGCUUCCCCAGAAGGUUCGCCAUUUGUUUAACCUCAUCCACCUCCUCAAAUGGCGUCGUCUUCUUCGGCGAAUCGCCGUACGUUUUCCUUCCCGGCAUCGACGUCUCGAAAUCCCUCAUCUACACUCCGCUCAUCCUCAACCCAGUGAGCACCGCUUCCGCUUAUUCCUCGGGCGACCCGUCGUCGGAAUACUUCAUCAGAGUCAAAUCUAUCAAAAUCAGCGAGAAAACAGUACCAAUAAACACAUCACUCCUUACCAUCGACAACAAUGGCUACGGCGGAACUAAGAUCAGCACUGUAAAUCCUUACACAGUCCUGGAAUCCUCCAUCUACAACGCUGUCACUAAUUUCUUCGUGAACGAACUCGCCAACGUUAAGAGGGUAGAUUCAGUGGCGCCAUUUGGGGCUUGCUUCGAUUCGAAGAACAUCAGCAGCACGAGGGUUGGACCAGGCGUUCCUGCUAUCGAUCUGGUGCUGCAAAAUGAGGAUGUUUACUGGAGGAUCUUCGGAGCAAACUCGAUGGUUCAGGUCAGUGAAGAUGUUCUGUGUCUAGGGUUUGUUGAUGGAGGAUCUAACCCUAGAACUUCUAUUGUGAUUGGAGGCCACACCAUUGAAGACAAUCUUCUGCAGUUUGAUGUUGCUAGAUCGAGGCUGGGCUUCACCUCUUCACUCUUGUUCAGACAAACAACCUGUGCCAACUUCAACUUCACCUCCAAUGCUUAAUAUACGUGUGUAUAUAUAUAUAUCUCUAUAUCUAGACAUAUAUACACACAUACAUAUUCGCAUAUAUAUAUGAAAUAGUAUAAUACUGAAAUAAUCUACUUAAUUAUAUGCAGUAUGAUCAUAUGAUUAAAUAAUUGGCCAUAUACAUAUGGUGUGUUGAGGUGGCUUUCAAAUUAAGUUGUAUUCCUUACUUUAUUUCAUCCAGUAAUAAGAUGAUGUGUUUUUUUCA